AUGCCACCUCUGGAAAACAGACGUCGUACGCUCAUANCGAAUGAUAAACGCUAUGAAAAUGGUAAGGAUAAAUACUUCUUCAACUUCCCUUCCAAGAAAGAAAAGAAAAAAGAGUGGAUUAUCGCUAUAAAACGAGAUCCUGGGCCGCUAUUCAAGAUAAAGAAAAAUUCGACACUGGUAUGUUCUGAUCAUUUCAAGCCGGGUGACAUUGAAUACACGUUGACAGGAAGGGUUCGACUGAAGCAAGGAGCUGUCCCGUCGAUUUUUAAAUGGACUAAAGAACAUGAAGGACGUCCAGAUAAUAGCCUGCAAAAGUUUAAAAAGCAAAAGAUAGAAGUGGAAUCACUACCAAGUGCAGCAGGAGAUAUAACAGAAAUGGAACAAGGAAUAGCCGAUAGAACCGAUGCUGCAAUGGAGACUGACUCACCUUACAACACAACAAACCCUGAAACAAAUGCCGAAGUUAGCACUGAAAUAAAUGGUGAAGUUAGCACUGAAACUAAUGCCGAAAUAAACACUGAAGCCGAGUCAGUCACGACUGCAUUAAAAGAAGAACUUGCGUCAACACAAAGAAAAGUAAAGGAACUUGAACUUCAGAUAGCUACUCUUUUGUUAACUUCUUUUGGUUCUGAAAGAAUUACUGGAAGUCCAGAAUUGACAAGGUUUUACACUGGCUUUCAUU